AUGCCGGGCUCAUCUCUGUGGCUACUUCCGCCCAAAUCGCACCGUCUCAACUCGAUACUUCCCACCCUGAUUGAUCAAACCUCAUCACACUUCGGAUCUGCUCACCGGUUCCUGCCGCACGUCACCAUCACUUCGGAGAUAUCACCAUCCACACAUUCACCCAAUCCUCAAGCCUGGCUGGAUUCACUAGAAAUCUCAUCAGGCGACAAGAUUGAGGUCAUGUUCGAAAAGCUGGCUAGCGAAGAUGUGUUUUUCCGAAAGCUUUAUAUCAAAUGCCACAAGACUGAAGGACUGAAGAAGCUAGCUGUGCUUUGUCGGCGGGAAGUGGAGGGGUUUGGGGAAGAGAGAGAGGCCGCUAAAUGGGCGACUGAAUCGUACAAUCCGCAUUUGAGCUUGCUUUAUCACGAUUGCCCAUCAAUCGACGCAAGUGGACUAGCUGAGAUCGAAAAGUUGGCCCAGAGCACUGGAGUCAACCUCAACGGGCAGAGUGACUUGGGUGGCUGGAGUGGAGGUAGAUUGGUUUUGGUUCCUACCGAUAAGUCCAUCGAUCAGUGGUCUCCGAUUGCUGAGAGAGAGCUAUGAAGACUGUGCUCAUCGAACAAUGGCAAAUAGAUUUCAUAAGAAGAGAAUGUUUUGUUCUUGUGUU